AGGAAGGGAGCUGCAGGAGUGACAAAUGACGUGGCAGACAAUGGAGCGACAGAAAUAUUUCUAUGGCGAUCAGGCAGACAUCGAUCUAGUAUCUUGUGGUGGGGAAUAACCGGCUUCAGUUCUGAUUUCGCUGAGGAGACAGAGUGAUGGGUCGUUGUUUAUCUUGUUAGUUUGUCUUUCGUCUCGGACGAGGUGUAAAUCACAUAUGUUUCAAGUUGUGGUGCAAGAAAAUGGAUGUCUUAUAUUUCAUACAUAUCAUAACACGAGAUUGCAUGAACAUGUUAACCCAUUGAAGACAAAAUUGGAGAGAAUGGAAUCAAAAUCCAAAGUUUCUUCGAACCGAAGAAAUUGGAAGUGUAAGAUUCAUAUUGAUAGAUUAUGGCUAUAUAUCAUGUAUCUUCUCCUUAUAAUCUGGACAGGAUAUCUUUGUCAAGCUGUACAUCAAGACUCGGACAUCUAUGCAUCAUAUACAACUUACAACGAGACAAUCAAUUUUACUCAUAUGGCAAUAGAUCCACAAACUGGAAGAAUAUACGUCGGAGCCACAAAUUGGCUCUAUCAAUUUAAUUCAAGCCUAGAAUUGGAAGCAUCUGUACAGACUGGACCAGUGAUGGACAACAUCCAAUGUUUUCCCACAGACUGUAGCGGACAGCAGCUAUUUUCUUUAACUAACGUCAACAAGGUACUAGUCAUCGACCAAGAGGUCAGAAUGUUAUUGGUUUGUGGAAGUGUUCAUCAAGGUGCUUGCCGAAGACAUCAUCUCGAAGAUAUUUCGAAUUACGAGGACCUAGUGCCCGUUCCUGUAUCAUCCAACGAUGAAAAUUCCUCAACAUUUGCCUUCAUAGGACCUGCUCGAUACGCCGGAUAUCCAUCGAGAGUUCUAUACGUGGCUACUACCAAUAGUCGUUUAGGACCAUAUCGUGAUAUGGUCCCAGCAAUUUGCAGUCGAAGUCUUGAUCCGGCUCGUCUUUUUACAGUGGUAGAGAAAUCUUUCUCUUCAAUCGCUCGAGUUGAUAUAAGCUUUCAUCUACGUGAUUACUAUCUGGUGCAUUAUGUCUAUGGCUUUAGCUCUGGUGAUUUUAUAUACUUUGCAACAACUCAACGUAAAUCACAUCUGAGAGCUUUGGAGGAAUGGGGUUACAUUACCCGUUUGUCGAGAGUUUGUAUAUCAGAUGCGGGUUACAACACUUAUACUGAAGUGACCUUGCAGUGCCUAGGAUCUGAUGGAACAGACUAUAAUCUGUUGCAAGAUGCUAGUUUGGUGCGUGCCGGGGCCGAUCUUGCUGCUGAUUUACAUAUAGAACCAGGAGUCGAUGUUCUCGUUGGUGUAUUUGCUGUCAGUAAAGAUCAUACAUAUCGUACGUCUCCUAAUUCUGCCAUGUGUGUUUAUGCUGUAGCUGAAGUAGAACAAAGAUUCACUGAAAACAUCCACAUGUGCUACAAUGGCAGUGUUCUAACUCGAGAUAUGGAUUACAUAGCCGGUGGAAUCAAUCAAUGUCCCGAACCUGGAGUAAGUAUUUAAA